CGGCAAGGAUCGGGAUCAGAGGUCGACAGAUAUCUCACUGACCAGUGCCUUUAUCCUUAUCGCAAGUGAAUUUGUGACUUUCGCCACUAGUGCAGGCUGGGGCCUAGGAGGUUUCUCAAUUCUGAUAAGACAUUUAGAGGCAAUAGCCAACUGCCAGAUACAGUUUAAUUUCUGUAAGUUUUGUCAAGUUGUUGGAGAUCUAAACGGAGUCAUAAUUGAAUCGAAGUGUGAAUAAAAUCAGAUAGGGAAAAAAAUGUCUUUCUCGGAUUUUCAAGAUUACAACGUUAAUGUGGACAAUCCUCAAAAACAUUUUGACCCGAUGGAAACUUAUGUCUCUUUUCGCAUUACAACAAAAGUGGUGAAACAAAACGCCAAACCAGAUUCAGAAUAUAUUGUAAGAAGGAGAUACAACGACUUCGUUUGGCUUAGAAACAAAUUAAUCGAGUCCUUUCCCACGCUGGUUGUGCCGGCUCUACCUGCUAAGCACAGUGUUUUGGAACAGUUGGACAGAUAUUCAAGACCUUUUAUAAUGACGAGAAUGGCCAUGUUGCAUUCGUAUUUACAAAGACUGACAUCUCACCCUGUAUUCAGCUGUAGCCCAGUUUUAGAAUUGUUUCUUAGAGCACAGUCACUAAAUGAUGUAAUGAAACAGUCAAAAUCUUCACAAGGAAUAUUUGAUCGACUCACUGAUUCUCUACACACGUUGACAGGAUUCAAUACGAGAAACUGUGCCCAUCCUGAAUUUGAAAAUAUAAAAAUCUAUGUUACCGCAUUGUCACAAAAGCUGGGUUCAGUGCAGGAAGUUGCAGCUAAGAUUAAUAAGGAAAGAACAGAAAUGGCUUUGGAUUUUGAGGAUGCUCAACGGUCGAUCACCCAUUGGUCUUACCAAGAACCAGACUUGGAGGAAUUAUUGAAAAGUAUUGCUGAGGCAAUCGGGACAAUAUCAAAAUCUCAAAACACUCAACUUCUUCAAACUUACAACACUCUCAUCGACCAACCCCUGGAAGAAUACUGUAAUUAUAUUGAUGCCGUCAAAGAAGCUCUGUGUAGACGAGAUAUGAUACAGUACAAUUAUGAGAGUACAUUAGACGACUCUAAAAAGAAACGAGCCGAAAAGGAACAAUUAGAAAAUUUACAAGGCAGUACAAACGGAUUUGGAUUUAAGCUAUGGAAAGUAACAAAUAGGGAGAAAAUAAGAAAACUCCAACAAGACCUUCCAGCGCUUGAUCAGUUGGUUGAGACAAAUCAUGAUAAAAUGGAAAUAGCAAAUGAAAGUAUUAAAUCUGACUUGGAAAGGUGGAAUUGUGAAAAAGUGGCAGAAAUCAAAAGUAUUUUUAGUAAAAUUGCAGAGCAACAUGUCCUUUACUAUGAGGAGUGUGCAGAAGCAUGGGAAGGGACAUUGAAAUUGCUUAAAGGGAAUAACAAACAGUAACACCUGGGUGUAUACUUGGAUUUUUUAAUUGGGCACUUAAACAAAGGCCUACUUAAAAAUGAGCAUUUGUUUCCCACUAAUGAAGAGUAAGUCACAAUAUAAUAAACAAAGUUGUGGACGCUGCAAGACAAAAUUGGUAAAAGAAAUUGUAUAUUUUAUAUAAUAAAAAUUAUAAAAAGAUGGAAGAAUCUCAUUUUGUUCCUCAACUAAUCUCUUAAAUGCUUUUGUACGAAAGCAUAAGCUAAUUUGACUGUCUCAUAUUACAAUUGAAAAGACAGCAAAUCGCAUCAAUUAUUCUAUAAGUAUAUAAAACUUGGUAUAAUAAAUAGUAUUUUUGUUUUUUGCUUCUUUAAAUUUAUUUAAAACAAAGGAAUGCAUUUCUUUUAUCACUAAGCUUUUAUUAAAUUUACUCUAUUGUGCAGACUUUUCUUUUUUAAUACUCUAAAUUUUUAUAUUGCUGACUUUUUGUUAAGUUUUAAAACCAUCAGUUUUAAUAUAGUAACAAUAAAUACUCUUUAAAAUUUAAAAUAAACAUCAAAACGGCUGUACCGCCAGUAAAUAAAGACAAUGUAGUAGAAUAUAUUGCACCAACUUGUUUGACUGAAAAAAAAUCUUUUAUUAAGAUAAGAAAAAAAAAUUAGUGUUUUUCUUUGAAACAUUCAUACAUUUUUGAAUUCAUAAAUAUUACACUGUUAGUAAUUACAUUUGCUUUUAAAAACAAAAUAAAGAAUAAAUAUAAACACAAACCUUUCAUAAAAAUAAAAACUUAAAUAGUACUCUUCUUAAUAACGGUUUCACUGGUGUUUGGCUAGAAAUACUGUUACGAAAGCUGCUGUCAUAAAAAUAGAUAAUUGAUUGCCAUUGGUGAUGG